CGGAGCUAUUUCAAGUUGCUUUCCUUCCGCCGAGAGGGCAGCGUUAGAUAGAAUAACUCCUUGUUACUUAUAGCAACAUGUGGUAGGUCGGAGAUGGCUUUUCAAAGUUCACAUAUGAAACGGCUUUUUCCGACAUAGCGUUAGAUCAUUUUUUAUGAAGGAAAAGGUGUUUUUUCUCCUUUUUUCUCCUUUUUUCUCCUUUUUUCUCCUUUUUCUCCUUUUUUCUCCUUUUUCUCCUUUUUUCUCAUUAUCCUGAGUUCAUCAAUUUUAUUUCCCAAUACGUCGGGUUUUACGAUGCCUCAUACCCGGAACAGAAAUCCAAAUUUCAUGCCGGAGGUAACCUGGGAUUCGGGAGUUAAGGAGAUGAACGAAACGUGGAAAGGGGCCGUUGGGUGCCUGGGAGUCGCGAUUUUUUUCAUUAUGACCAUCGGAAUUAUUUACUGGCAAGUCGUGGAUCAACCGGCCAAAAACUGGAUCCUGAAAGGGAGAUUUAGUGGAUUUGUAUGGGAAAAGAAUACUCAUACCCUGAUACUACAGACCCUGAACGAAAAUAAAACCUUCGUUGAGAUUAAUAUAGGAAAUUUCCCCGCCGCGGAGCAACCUUUUAUUAAGAAUUCCUGCUGGAUGAAUAAAACAGAAUUUUGCUACACGUGGGAUUCCGUACAAACUCUCCAAAUCACACUAAACCAAAGCUUCUCAGCGGGAUCUGAGUGCUACAGUUUAACGUGGACUCCGAUUCAUUGCGACGUGAGGCUGAAAGAUUGCUUUUCAAUGUCGAAUGUUUCAUGGUAUGGAGGAGCAACGCUCAGUGCGCAGCGCUGGCCGAUCAACAAUGUGAACAUGGCUCUCCAGCCUUUCAUAAUCAGCAACCUCAAAUCCAGUCCUUCUGGCUAUGGAUCGGUUCUGGAGAGAUAUUUUUUGGGAUCAACUGGGGUAGCUGUACUGAUCAACCCAGAUAUUCCAGUGUUAAUUUCAAUCGAAGAGAAUAAAUCAUUUUGUGUGGAGACCCCCACAAGCACAGACAUGUCUCCGCUGAAAUACACGGUGUGCGUCGGCGAGACCAUCCCAUCUGUCCAUCAAGAAAUGGCAAGUCUGCUCUAUGAGAGACAAAGGAGGCUUCCAAACGUUGAGAUGCUUUGGAUGCCAGUUUGGAAACAUUAUGGGUUAUCUGAUUCUGCCGCCAAACUUGAAAGAGAAUUGAGAUCGUUCCAUAAUAAGCUCAGAAGGCUUGGAUUGGGGGAAUGCCUGAUUGCUAUUAAUGAACAUUCCACAAUGUUACUUUCUAAUAAGGACCACAAACCCAUAGUGAACCAAGGACUAAGACAGCAAAGACACAGACGGGAGCCGCAUUUCCUUAAAAACCUACAUCUUAUAAUAACCACGUCUCCAUACGCGAGCAUCAGCUCGGAGCAGUUUCAGAUGUACCUGCGAGAGGAACAUGAAAACUUCUGGAUCAGUCUCCAUUCCAAGUCAGAUGGCUCAACGGCACCAGUCCUGACUAAAUGGAAUGGCCACUUCUCGGUGAGAUUGAAUAUAAGUAGCGAAGCUGCCGUUUACUGGUAUUUGAACUCCGUGAGCACUUUGAAGAAUAAGCUGGGGGCUGAAUACGUAACAUUUGAAGGAGUGGAAGGCAAUGUGUUUAUGGAACAGUCAAUGCAGCCUCGCCGGGGCUUGGAGAGAGACGGUUACACGGGGUUUUUGGCAUCGAUGGCGACAAAGCUUGGAAAUUCAACCAUUAUCACUGCAAGUACAAGGUCAAACUAUCUGCCAAUAUUUAUGCAAAUGAACCCAUUACAAUCGGACUGGAGCCACCAUGGACUUAAAGGAAUCAUUCCUUCCGUUCUUCAUUACAGCUUGCUUGGAUACAAUUUUUUCAUUCCAGAUGCAGUAGGAGGUACGUUUGCAGGUGAAUUUAUAACACAUGAAGAACUGUUUAUCCGUUGGUUGCAAAUUGUGACUUUCCUUCCAGUGAUGUCCUUCUACACUCCGCCGUGGGUUUGUUGUGAUGAUUGGGUUUUGAAUCUCACCAGACUCUAUAUACAGAAACAUCGAGACUUUGUUGUACCCUUGCUGAUAAAGUACGCCGACGAAUGGCUUCACCUUGGAAUCCCUAUCUACAGACCAGUUUGGUGGAUCAGUCCAAAUGAUCCCCUGGCAUUUACUAUAGAGGAUGAAUUCCUUAUAGGAGAUGAGAUGCUGAUAGCUCCCAUCACAGAUCAGGGUGAAGUUCAGAGAGACAUUUUUCUUCCGGGAACCAAUUACCAAUGGAUGGACAUGAAGACAUCUCAAGUGUUUGAUGGGGGAACCACAUUAAGAAACUAUAACUGUGGCCUACUGGAAGUUCCAGUUUUUCUCAAGAAAACCUCAUAAAGUCAGGACUAUUAUACAUACGUCUAAUAUAUAUCCCUUCUGAGAAGACAAAUACUAUAGAGGUGUCUCUUAUUUAGAGAUGACUGCACUUUUCUUAGCACUCCAAGGAUCAUAUGUGUUUUUGUUACAUUAUUACAUCGCCGUUCACGCCUUUGGACAUUUGCUACUGUGUUGUCAUUGUGCCUUGAGACCACUUUGCCCCAAUAGCCCUGGAAGAAGAAUAUGCGGGUUCCCUGGUAUCUUCUCUUACUUAAUUAUGGCACACUAUGAUGUCAGAUGAUCAACUCGUACAUCGUACGCUAUACGUGUAUCACGAGAAGUCUUAGUGAAAUACCUACCUCCUGUAUCAACAAAGCGAUCAGAAACCACUUGUCUUACCAUUUUUUUUACCAUUUAUGCUCGAAACUCAAAAAAGUUCCAAACUAUUCCAUGAUGAACCAAGGUUGAUGAUAUUAAACCCUCCUAAAGAGGAGAGGCACGUAAACGGGCACCUUACAGUUCAUUGGACUCUGCACUUUAACAAAUUUAGAGCCGCACUCUUUCUAGACAUGACCAUAUAGACAUACGUGUAUUUUAUUUUGCAUGCGUGCAAAGGAAUUAAGGAAACCCACUCGCCUGCUGGAAAUGAACGUUCCAUAGAAUUAUAGAAUACAGCAAAUACUGUGUACCUCCAACACGAUCGAUGUGUAUACAUCACUGUAGAGAAAAAAUUGCAAAAUAGAUACAUUUUAUUAAAAAGUGUCCAAACGGGAAGAAGGACUAGUGAGUUAUUCAGUAAAU